ACCAUUGGACAAUCGCAAGAUUGUUAUCUCCUGCUACGGAGCCUUCAGGAGGUUCCUCUUCGGUCUAACAUGAUCUGUAUCUCUUGCGCAGGUGAGUGUAUCCUCCUUUCUUCGUGUGCGGGUCACAUCGAUGCGGAAUGCUCACACCGUUCGCUGGCAGUCAGCCACGAUUUUCGCGAUGUGCUUCUGUUUCACCCACUUAGCUGCGUUCUCGCUGUAGGCUUGGAUGGUGUCGUCUCAGCCUGAGGCGGGAUGCAUCGUAUCGAAGCGAGCAAUCCGGAUUCCGCUGUGGUGCGAGACGUCGUCGUUGAACCUCCAGCACAGCAAACAAGGUAGAGCCUAGAGGUAUGUAUGAUCCACGAUGAGUCCCGACCUCAGGUCAUAAUCCACGUUCGUUCGCAACCGCUCCAGACGGCAAGCCUCUGC